AUGAGUUUCCUCGACUCGGUCCUUACCUCGCUCGAGACCGGCAAGCCCACCAGGCUUCCGGUUUCUCAACCCCCAUCUCCCCCCAAGAUAUCUUCCCCCAAGCGUGAUGAUCGAAGACUUGGCUCGCUCCCCCGGGAGCAUAUGUCGACCAUGAAUGCAGGAACCAAGCGCAAGGCGGAGGACCAACUGCCUCGUCCUACUCGGCCCGAGGGCUCAGUUUCUGCCAAAUCUGGAGCCAGACCUGGGGCGUCAUCUGUAACUCCCAAGAUUGCGCCGAAACCGACUUCUGCUACCAAGCCUGUCCCCAAGACUGGCACCAUCGGAGUCAAGAAGACAGCUCCCACCAAGCCUGCGCCAGCCAAAUCUAUUCCAUCCAAGCCUGCUGUUGCUGCUCCUCCCUCCAAGGCCCCACCGAAAGGUUCGUAUGCCGAAAUCAUGGCGAUCGCCAAAGCUCGACAGGAACAGGCCCCCGCCAAAGUUGGAGUGCUCCAAAACCAGCCUGCUCCCCGCGAGCACCUUGGCCGCCAUGAAUUCCGACGCCGCUUGCAAGAAGCCAAGACCCGAGCGAAAAUGGAGUCGAAGGGCAAGAAAUUUACACCAACGCCCGCGCGAAACUACGGCAGCAAGCAAUCCCCCGAAUUUCCCAAGCGGUCUCCCGAAGUUCCUUCUUACAAAGGCACUGCCAAGCCAGCCCGGACGCCCGAGCCACCUUCCUACCAUGGCACCGCACGUCUUCCUGGAAAGCCUGGCACCAAUGACCGUCGCCAGCAUGGCAAGCGUCGCAUGAACGAGUACAUGGGCACCGACGAGGAGGACGAAGGCGAAUACGGUGGUUAUGACGACUACUACUCUGAUGCAUCCUCGGACAUGGAGGCUGGCUUUGACGAUGUCGAGCUGGAAGAAGGCGCUGCCUUGAAGAACGCUCGCAAGGAGGACGAGGAGGAGUUGCGCCGGGAGAUGGCCGCCAAGAAGGAGAAAAUGGCACGCCAGCAAAAACUGGCCGCCCUUGCAUCUCGCAAGCGAUGA